AUGUCUGGGGUUGAGUUGGCCAAGAUGAUUCCUGUCACGUCCCCGGACAUGUUCCGGGGCCACGUCCCUAAUGGCCUCUGCCUGCCUGCCUGCCUGGCCUUGCACAGCUUGCGGCCCGGGGGCCUCGAAGGUCCCCGCGCACUCAGCCAGCGGCCUCUGCUGGGUCUGCUGCUGCAGCCAGUAACCCGGGAGCACACCACGCCAGGCACCUCCAGCACCCCAAGUCCGCGGGAGUGCACGCGGGCCCUGAUGCGGGACUUCCCGCUUGGGGACGGCCACAGCGACAUGCCCCUGGCCCUGAGGCAGUUUCGCCACAAUGGACUCCAGGAUGUUCAUCUGUGCAAUUGCAGCCAUGGCCGGACCAGCAUGGACAGGCUGAAAGAUGGUCUCCUGGGUGCCCAGCCCUGGCCGGAAUUCCCUCAAUUCUCGUCAGCCUACAUCCCAUGCCAGACCCACCAACGGGAUGCUGUGUGCCUCACCCUGGAGCAAAUUGACCUCAUCUGCCUCACGUGUGCCUACUAUUCUGAGCUGGAGCUUGUGACCUCAGUUAAAGGUAGACGGGGGACUUCCCUGUUGGAUGGCCUCAUUGGUGUGGAGGGCGGCCACUCACUGGACAGUAGCCUCUCCACCUUGCGUACCUUCUACGCACUGGGUGUGCGCUACGUGACACUCACCCACACCUGCAAUGCGCCCUGGGCACAGAGCUCAACAAAGGGUAUCCACCCCUUCUACAGCAAUGUCAGUCGGCUGCCCGGCUUUGGCCAGAAGGUGGUGGCAGAAAUGAACCGCCUAGGCAUGAUGGUGGCCUUGUCCCAUGUCUCGGAUGCUGUGGCACGGCGAGCCCUAGAAGUGUCACAGUCACCUGUCAUCUGCUCCCACUCAGCUGCCCGGGGUGUGUGCAAGAACACUCGGAAUGUUCCUGAUGGUAUCCUGCAGCUCCUGAAGAAGAACGGUGGCAUUGUGAUGGUGUCCUUGUCCAUGCGGGUGCUGCAGUGCAACCCGUUAGCCAACGUGUCCGCUGUGGCAGAUCACUUCAACCACAUCAGGGCAGUCACUGGAUGCAAGUUCAUCGGGACUGGUGGAGAUUAUGACGGGGCUGGCCGGUUCCCACAGGCGCUGGAGGACGUGUUCAUAUACCUGGUACUGACAGAGGAGUUGCUGGGGCGUGGCUGGAGUGAGGAAGAGCUCUGGGGUGUGCUUCGAGGAAACGUGCGGCGGGUCUUCAGACAGGUGGAACAGGUACGGGAGGAGAACGAGGGACAGAGUCCCUUGGAGGACGAGUUCCCAGAUGAGUAGCUGGGGAGCUCUUGCCGUUCCGUCCUCCCACGUCUGCAUCAGAGACAGGACCUGGCUCCAGACCAGAAACUAACCAGAGCUGCAGUUCCAGCGGCGGCUCCCGGUUCUCCUCCGACACCUGGUCACUGCCACGUCCUCUACCGAGGGUGUGGAGGAACGCAGUUGGCCUGGCACGGGGAGACAGACUGCCUGCUUGGUGGCUACCGGGCCCACGGGGAUGCUCCUUUGGCCACGCCAGCAAAGGCCCAAGCAGAGAAGCCAGGCCCCAGACGAGCUCCCAAGAGAAAGCGCGCUCUGGAAGAGUCGGACCAAGAAUCUCGGUUGCUCCAGACCCAAGCUCCGGCGAUUGCAGCGUUCACUCAGCUAACGAUUACGAGGUGCUGUGAUUCGCAAGCACGGUGGCCCCACCUCCGGGCGCACGCCCUGUGCAACAGCCCCAGUAAACGAAUGUCCCGUGUGGGCUUUUGCAAGGUCUGCAACAGGGAGUCCCCUCCUGAAGAAGGUUCUCUCACACUGCCGCACUAUCAACGGCUGCCCCAAAUGGGGUUCCCUUCUGUGGGCCUGACCAGGCCAAGGGCAGAGUUGUCUCUUUCCUUCUCCGAGUCGGACCAAACCGUCUCAGUGACACCUCUUCGCGGUGUCGACCACGUCCUUCACGGGGGCUGCUGCUGA